CAGUUUGUGUUUGACUUGAGAUCUGCCCCUUUUACUUCACUCAAUUGACUUGGCAGAAUUUUAAGAGCAGCAUUCAUUAAUUUCCAGAAUGGAGAUCUCCUCUCACCAGUCUCACCUCCUGCAGCAGCUGAAUGAGCAGCGCCGGCAAGAUGUGUUUUGUGACUGCAGUAUUCUGGUCGAAGGCAAGAUCUUCAAAGCACACCGAAAUGUCUUAUUUGCUAGCAGUGGCUACUUUAAAAUGCUGCUUUCCCAGAAUUCAAAGGAGACAAGCCAGCCCACCACAGCCACCUUUCAGGCUUUCUCCCCCGACACCUUCACUGUCAUCCUGGACUUCGUCUACUCCGGCAAGCUCUCUCUAACUGGUCAGAACGUCAUAGAAGUGAUGUCAGCUGCUAGCUUCCUUCAGAUGACUGAUGUCAUUAGUGUAUGUAAGACCUUUAUUAAAUCUUCAUUAGACAUUAGCGAGAAAGAAAAAGAUCGCUAUUUCAGUCUAUCUGAUAAAGAUGCCAAUUCUAACGGCAUAGAACGUUCCUCUUUUUAUAGCAGUGGCUGGCAAGAAGAAAGCGGUUCUCCACAUUCUCACCUAAGCCCUGAUCAAGGAACAGGUAUAAUAAGUGGGAAAUCUUGGAGUAAGUAUAAUUACCAGCCAGCCUCCCAAAGGAAUACUCAACAAGCUUUGCUCAAGCAUGAACAAAGGAAAGAUUCCAUUAAAAAGACCAAACAUUUGAGAUUGUCACAGCCUUCUGAAGUUGCUCAUUAUAAGUCAAGCAAAAGGGAAGCGCGGACAUCCGAUUCUUCCACCCACAUGUCCCAGUCAGAAGAACAAGCACAAACCGAUGCUGAAAUGGACUCUACUCCUAUUGGCUAUCAGUAUAGUCAAGGAUCUGAUGUCAUAUCCAGAAGUUUUCCAGAUGACCUGCCCAGGAUGCGAUUCAAAUGUCCAUACUGCCCACAUGUGGUGAAGCGGAAAGCAGACCUGAAGCGCCACCUUCGCUGUCAUACAGGAGAAAGGCCCUACCCAUGUCAAGCCUGUGGGAAAAGAUUUAGCAGACUCGACCAUCUAAGUAGCCAUUUUCGAACAAUUCAUCAAGCAUGCAAACUAAUCUGCAGAAAAUGCAAACGCCACGUAACUGAUCUAACUGGGCAAGUGGUGCAGGAAGGAACCCGGCGCUACAGACUGUGCAAUGAGUGCCUUGCUGAAGUUGGCAUAGACAGCCUCCCCAUUGACUUGGAAGCUGAACAGCAUCUUAGGUCCCCAUCAGAUGGUGAAAAAGAUUCCAAAUGGCACCUGAGUGAAGAUGAGAAUAGAUCAUACGUGGAGAUCGUAGAGGACGGGUCUGCUGAUCUGGUUAUCCAACAGGUUGAUGAUAGUGAAGAAGAAGAAGAAAAGGAAAUAAAGCCCAACAUUAGGUAGCUGUCUUAUAACCCAACAGAGCUGGCAUGCGUGCAACCUCCGUUGACUUCCUCUAGCUCUCUCUUUCCACAGCCAGAGCCUGGUUAACACAUUUAUCAGACUGUGUGAGAACGAUGAUCUGACAUAACUUGCAUGCUUCCUGAACAGGCCACUGUAUCCAUUCUGAACUCUGUUGCCCUAAAAUAUGUUGCUGCACUGGAAAGACCUAGCCUGAGUUGGCAUGAUGGACUAAUUAAUCCUCUUGCUUUUAUUACAGAAACCUUUUUUCUCUUAAUCUUGGAAUAUCUACUUAGCAAUCUUUUAUCCAAAGGAAAUAUUUUAAAUAAAAUUACCACAACC